UGCAUGUCAGUCGGGGCCCUUAGGAGGGCGGGGCCUCUGAUCCCACCCACCGCCCAGAGUGUAGGACUGGGACAUCAUUCCCACAGAGCUGUCAGCUCAUUUCUAGCGCGAGCCAUCGGCUGUCCGGGUUUCCAGCCGCUGUCAGUGACCUCAGCUCAAAGCGACACCGUCAUGCCCACGAGACAGACACCCGCGUGCUCCCUGCUUCUCUUCCCGUCGCUGCUGCUGCUGUGCGGAGCGGGACAGCAGUGUCUCGCGGCAAGUCCGUUGCUCGUGUUCCUGAUCGAUGGGUUCCGUUAUGACUACAUGGAUGACCUGCACGCGCUACCCGGAUUUCGCGAGCUCGUGGGCAAUGGGGUGAAGGUGGACUACAUGACGCCGGACUUCCCGAGUUUAUCAUACCCUAAUUACUACUCAUUAAUGACAGGCCGUCACUGUGAUGUUCAUCAGAUGACUGGAAACUACAUGUGGGAUGAAGUCUCCAAUAAGGAGUUUCAGAUUGGGACCAAUCCUGACAGCCGGUUGCCUCUUUGGUGGGAUGGAUCAGAGCCGUUAUGGAUCACACUGCAGAAGCUGGGAAAGAAGGUUUUCAUGUACUACUGGCCUGGCUGCGAGGUGGAGAUUCUGGGUGUCCGUCCAUCAUUCUGUGAGGAAUAUGUCUACAACCCAUCAGAGAAAAACCUCACAGACUCGAUAGAGAAUGCUCUCAAAGUCCUGAGGUCAGGCCAAGCAGUCAUGGCAGCAAUAUAUUAUGAGAAAAUAGAUGUGGAAGGCCAUCACUUCGGUCCAGACUCUCAUCAGGUCAGAGCAGCUGUGCAAGAACUGGAUUUUGCCAUGCAGGCACUCAACAGAAAAAUCAAAGAGAAGAACAUGGUGAACCAGUUGAACAUUAUGCUAUUUUCAGACCACGGCAUGACAAAGAUCCAGUGGAUGAAGAAGGUAAUAGAGCUGGAUAAUUAUAUCAACAUGUUGGACAUUGUCAAGAUGAUGGACAGAGGGCCUGUGGUCAAUCUGUGGCCCAAAGAUAACAAGUUCCAAGAGGUGUAUGCUGCAUUGUCCCAGGUCCCUAACAUGCGUGUCUAUGCCAGACAGGAGAUCCCUGAACGUUUCCAUUUCAAAGGAGGGAAGUUUGUCUCCCCCCUGACGCUGGUGGCUGAGCCAGGCUGGUUUAUUGCUGAGAACAAGGCAAAACUCCCAUACUGGAGAAAUGACUCUGGGGAGCCCUCAGCCUGGCAGAACGGCUGGCAUGGUUAUGACAAUGAGUUCCUCGACAUGAGAGGCUUUUUCAUGGCGACAGGACCUGACUUCAAGCGGAAUGUUCGGGCAGCUCCAAUUCGAGCGGUGGACAUCUAUAACGUCAUGUGCUGGACAUUAGGAGUGGAACCUUUGCCCAAUAAUGGGUCCUGGUCUCGGGUAGAGUACCUCUUGAAUGGCUCUGAUGGUCCAUCCCAGCCUACAACCCUCUGGACCUCCUGUAUGGGUUUGUUAGGAAUACUGCUGGUACUAUGGGACAAAAACAUUUAACAGUUCAGUGUUAACGGCCUGUGAGGUAGCUAGAAAUGAUCUGCUAGAAAGAGAUAGAACAAUAAACCAUGUAAAGGUUAAUGCAUUAAAACGGAAGGGAAAAUAAAUGAAACAGGUUGGAAAAUGUGACCUUGAAAUGGUUAGAGCACUCUUAAUAAGGACUAAGAACUUGAAGCCUUAAAGGGCCUGGAGAGUUUGUCUGGACCUCAUACCACCUUCCUAAAUAGACUGGAAUAAAGAUAAUCCUACAUGCCCGUAAUACCUUAGAAAUAACCUCCAUUCUGGACCCUUAAGAGCACUAAACUUACUGUUUCUCUUCCUUCUCCAGCUCUCCAUAUCUGAUUAAAAUGUGUUGAUGUCUAAGGUGAUACAUACAUUAAAUGUCCAAGUUGUUCAUUUUGACAUGUGCCCCGAGCAUGUUCACUGUUUUCGUUCAUUUCACGUUUUAUUAUCUCUUUCUUCUUAUUAUACAAAUAUGUUGUUUUUUACUUAGACCUAACAGCAUUACUGAUUUAUGGGUAUUUGUUACCCUGAAGCUGUUGUACGUAAACCUCUCCUCUCCAAUUUCUUGUCAUUUUUGUUCCAAGAUCAAAUUUUCUUCAGAAAACAGUGAUGCAUAAAAAUAAAAAAAUGCAUAGCCAGAUCAGAGGAAGAGUGGAAGAGAUAGACUGUGGAAGAGAUAGACUUCAUACAGUAAAGGAUGCUGAUGUUGCCUUGUUUUGAUAUGUGUAACAGCUAGAAUAGGUUUAAAGGGGAAUGAUGAAAGCUAUACUUUGAAUACCAAAAGUAAGUUGGUAAAUUACAAAUACUUGUAGGAGAUGUUUUGAAACUCUUAUAUUUUUAGACACAUUUAUUCCUUUUUUUUAGCUUGGCCUCUUUUAAAAUGCUGUGAAUACAGUCUGCAAGGCGGAUGAUUAUAACAGAUACGUUUGUUUUCAUCUGUUUUUUAAUUCAGCUAUUUAUGUCUUUGUGCAUGAUCUGUAAGACCCUGAUAUAAAUUUUGUGAAAAGGGUCCCAUGAAUAAAUUUGCUUUGAUUUGGAAAACAUG